AUGAGAAGUACUAGGGAGGACCGGUAUGUGGGUCUCUAUCUGGCCGCAUUUCUGCCAAACGGUCGCCUCUUGUCGCGUGAUGCCUCAUACAUCUCGGCUGCGGGUUGGCUGAAGUACUACGACGGACUAUGCCGUUCCGAGAAGACCCUUCGUUUUAUCACGCUCGCACAUGGCCUGUCAAUGCUGGCCACCAGGGAUAAGGACAGUCAGAUGAAAGUAAAAGGUGUCCAGGCUCAUCGCAUGGCUCUGCAGGAGAUGCGUAAGGCUGUGCAGGACUCGCAAAGAGCCACUGGGGAUGGGCUUUUAGCGGCUGUAAGGCUUUUUCGUUUCUAUGAGAUUCUAUAUGGCGCUGAGUCAAAUGGUACAAAAGAUUCAAACCCUAACGCCCAGAUCAAGGGUUACUAUGCCCAUACUGAAGGUGAAAUGGCCCUGUUCAUGAAUAGAGGUUGCCAGAAGAAGUGGAGCGAACCGGGAAGGUAUCUACUAGCAAGCGGACGUAUCGUAUCGUUUAUUUUUGGCGUUGGCCGACGAGAGCGCUCUCCCUUUGAUGAUAGUCAAUGGAUGACAGUUCCUUGGAAAGAGACAAAAAAGUCACCUCUUGAGGAAUUGACCGAUAUUAUGGUCCAAACCCCCGGCUUAUUGGAAGAGCUGGACAAUAUUCGAGCAUCCCCUGUGGCAAAGCGUUCCCCACUGGUGUGGGAGGAAUUUCUUGAUAAUUGCUCCCGCAUCGAGCGACAAUUACUUGCCUGGAGGAUUAGCAUGGGAGAUGAUAUAGGAACCUACGACUACACCCGAUCAUGCAGUACCCUCCCACUACCGAAAGAGGAUAGGGAUUAUCCAGUGCUGCAUAUGAGCUUCUUUUACUGGAGCUGCUCUAUCAUUCUAUACACCACCAUUCACAUCGCCAUGGAUCAGGCGAUUCGAAACCAAGUUGACACCCACUGUUCUCCGAUUCCAUUCUCGUCGCCGGAGUACCCAAACUAUCACGAUGAACGGAAUCCUACCCUGCACGCUCACAGAAUAAUCCACGCUUUGCCCCUAUCCUAUAGACCUCACGCAGGCGGCUAUGCAGCCCUUAGUUCAACCUUUCCGCUUGGCAUGGCCGUGCGCUAUCUAUUGGUCGCCCAUCUUUUCCCAGGUAACUCCGGACAUACAGAAUAUGAAUUCCUACAACAAACUCUGUCGCGGCCGUUCAUGGGUGCGUAUAUCGCACGUUUUAUUAAUCAUCUACAUAAAGAAGCCACACCGGCACAAUCUCUGAAGGAUAUGCCGGGAUGGCACGGAACGGAACUGAGGGCUAUGAGAUGGUGGUUUGGACCUGCGGCUGAGAUUGAGUCGGAGCGAUAG